AUGGGGAAUAUGUUUGCAAAUUUAUUUAAAGGCCUAUUUGGCAAAAAGGAAAUGAGAAUAUUGAUGGUUGGUCUUGAUGCAGCUGGUAAAACCACAAUCUUAUACAAACUUAAAUUAGGUGAAAUUGUUACGACGAUUCCCACUAUUGGAUUUAAUGUGGAAACUGUAGAAUACAAAAACAUCAGUUUCACCGUGUGGGAUGUGGGCGGUCAGGACAAAAUCAGACCUUUAUGGAGGCAUUACUUCCAGAAUACACAGGGUCUUAUCUUCGUAGUGGACAGUAAUGAUCGGGAGCGUAUUGGAGAGGCUCGCGAGGAGCUCAUGAGAAUGUUGAGCGAGGAUGAGUUGCGGGAUGCUGUGCUACUCAUCUUUGCAAACAAACAGGAUCUGCCAAACGCAAUGAAUGCUGCUGAGAUAACGGACAAGUUGAGUCUUCAUUCACUGCGCAACCGCAAUUGGUACAUCCAAGCCACUUGCGCCACUUCUGGGGACGGUCUCUACGAAGGUCUAGACUGGCUUUCCAACCAGUUAAAGAACGCUAACCGCUAG